AUGAGCUUAUCAACUGAGAACUCUCGGCGGGCCCCAUGGCGUGAUCUGCUGGAUUCCCAACUCAAGCAAACCCCCGGUUACGAAUUUACAAUUGCUACAAUCGGAUAUGAUUCUCAGAAGCGUCCUGUGCCUCGCUUGCGGACUUGCGGCUGUCGCGGCUUUUUUCCCGAACUUGAGCUUCACCCCAAGGGCCAAGAGGCCAUGGACCAGCAAGUAGAGGAUGGGGGUAAUCCCUCAGUAUUCGAGAGUGAUAUGCUAACUUUCACCACCGAUACUCGCAUGGAGAAGUUGUCCCAGCUAGAAUCCUCUGGGAAUGCAAUUGAAGCAGUUUUCUGGCUGAAGGAUUUGAUGACUCAGUGGCGCAUCAAGGGAACUGCCUAUGCAGUUGGAAAUCCGCAGGGAGAGGCUGCUGAAGAUGAAAGACAUUCCCGACAGGAGGUUCAAAAGGCACUGAGGGAGACAAAGAACAGUGAUACAUCAAAGUGGACGUGGGAAAGGGCAGUCACCAAGUACUUUGCCAAUCAUUCACCCGUUGCAAGAGUGUCUGACGACGAUAUGGUUGACGGACGUCCGGCUUGCCGCCCGUGCAAGCUGAAGAAGAAGCGAUGCACCCAUCGUGCUGUCGUUGAGUCUGAGACUGAGGUUGAUUCGGAGCUUGUCAACGAGACUCUCCCGGCUCGCCGCCGCCGUGCCCCUGUCAAGGUAGACUCAAACCUAGUUGAAGAUGAUCUGAAUGACGUCCAGGCUCAAGAUGGCUCCACCGACGAACUUUCAUCCAUCGCAUCCGACCUCGAGAGCGAGAAGCCCAUCCCCAAGAAACGGGCUAAGCGAGGCCGUCCUUUUGCCCCCAUCGUUCCAAGCUCGCUGCCUGAAAUUGGCGAUCUCCCCAGCGACGCGAUGGAAGCUGCAUCGGCCUUGGCUGUCCACCGGGUGUUCGCUCGCGAGCUGGAAUCGCGCCUCCAGGAGUACGAUGUCAACUUCCAGGCUAGCCAGCAGGCCCAUCGCGCCACCAUCACUUCCGCCAAGGCUGUUAAGCGCGCUGUUGAGAACUGGAUUGAGGCUUGGUCCUCCGGCCGUUAG